AUAUUCUUUUGUAUCAUUGUCUUACAAAAAAAUAUGUAGUUUAGUGUUGACGACACCUCUUUAUCGUUACAUUUGGCUUUGUAUUGUAUGGAAAAUAAUGUAAAAUGAAUGUGGAACUUGGUGUAUCGAGGGCCGAACAAAAUGGCUGUUUUCAGCCAUGAGUCUAUGAAAUUCGUACCUUGGUGUGUCCCCACUCUUUUGUUACACCUUAUACGUUUGCUUGCACUCACGGAUUCUUUUCUGAUCGAAAGUUUUUCACUCAAGAAGGCCGUGGCGUUGCUCGCACCGACUCGUGUUGAUACGUUUCCUUUAAUUCAAUUAGCCGGAUUGUCAGAAGUAGCGAGAAAAUGGCAGCGAUCAGCCUGUUAAACCCGAAAGCCGAAUUCGCGAGAUCUGCUCAGGCUUUGGCAAUUAACAUUUCUGCGGCGAAAGGCAUUCAAGACGUCAUGAGAACGAACUUGGGCCCCAAGGGAACCAUGAAGAUGUUGGUUUCUGGAGCAGGUGACAUUAAAAUCACUAAGGAUGGUAAUGUUCUGCUUCACGAAAUGCAGAUUCAACAUCCUACUGCCUCGCUCAUUGCCAGAGCUUCCACUGCUCAAGACGAUAUAACUGGAGAUGGCACGACUAGUACGGUUUUAGUUAUCGGAGAACUUCUUAAACAAGCAGAAUUAUAUAUAAGCGAGGGUCUUCAUCCUAGAGUGCUCACCGAAGGAUUCGAACUAGCCAGGGCUGUUACUAUCGAAGUUUUGGAGUCUUUGAAAAUUGCUAUCGAACCUACUAAGGAGAAUUUAUUGGACGUUGCUAAAACGUCCCUUAAAACAAAGAUUCAUCACUCUAUUGCCGACAAACUGACCGAUAUUUGCGUCGAUGCUGUAUUAGCAAUUAAACAGGGCGAUAAGCCGGUCGACUUACAUAUGGUUGAGUUAAUGGAAAUGCAGCACAGAACCGCUGCUGAUACUACUCUAGUUCGUGGUAUUGUAAUGGAUCAUGGAUCGAGGCACCCUGACAUGCCUAAGAAAGUCGAAAAUGCUUACAUUCUUACUUGUAACGUCAGCUUGGAAUAUGAAAAGAGUGAGGUUAACAGUGGAUUCUUUUACAAAACUGCCGAAGAGCGAGAAAGACUCGUAUCGGCUGAACGUGAGUUUAUUGACAACCGUGUGAAGAAGAUUAUUGCCUUAAAGAAAAAAUUGUGCGAUGGUACAAACAAGUCCUUUGUUGUAAUAAAUCAAAAGGGUAUCGACCCGCCUUCUUUGGAUUUGUUUGCAAAGGAAAAUAUUGUGGCCCUUCGUCGUGCCAAACGUAGGAACAUGGAGCGCUUAGCACUUGCCUGUGGUGGUACUGCGAUGAACUCUGUAGAUGAUCUGAAAGAAGAGAAUUUAGGAUGGGCUGGUCUUGUAUAUGAACAUGUACUGGGAGAAACCAAGUACACCUUUGUUGAAGAAUGUAAGAAACCCACGUCUGUGACAAUUCUUCUAAAGGGUCCGAAUAAGUACACAUUGAUUCAACUGAAGGAUGCGAUUCGGGAUGGAUUGAGAGCUAUUAAAAAUGCCAUUGACGAUCGCGCUCUCAUUCCCGGUGCUGGGGCCUUUGAAGUAUUUGCUCAUCGUCGUCUUCAAAACUAUAAGGAAGAAGUUAAAGGGAAACAGCGUCUUGGAGUUCAAGCAUAUGCCGAAGCUUUGCUGGUUAUUCCAAAAACGCUUGCUGUUAACAGUGGCUUCGAUGCCCAAGAUAGUAUCGUGAAACUGUUGGAAGAAAGUAAACUGUUGGAUGAGCCAGUAGGACUGGAUCUUUCGACUGGCGAAGCCCUCAAACCUAAGGAUGCUGGAAUUUAUGAUAAUUACAUAGUUAAAAAGCAAAUUAUCGAUUCAUGCACCGUCAUUGCCAGCAAUCUUCUGCUUGUAGACGAGAUAAUGAGAGCAGGAAUGUCCUCCUUGAAAGGCUAAUGUUCCGAGUACUCGGCUACCAAAUAAUUUAAGGACAAUUGCAAAUGGCCCAGCGACUAAUUAUAUUCUUUACACGUUUUGCAUAUUUUCCUGCAAUCAAGUAUGUUGCACGGUUUAACUUGUAAUUGUACGCUUGAUAUUAAAACAUAAAAAUUAAG